AUGGUUAGCGCCAUUACUAUCGAAACAAGAAACUCAGGAAACACCAGCCUCGUUUCCAAUCGACACGCCAUAUUUCCCAGCAUUCCUUUCGUCCAUUCUUUGUUUGUCCCUCCGCAGAUCCAACGUUUUACGACAAUGCAAUCUGCUGAAAGCAAUCGAACGAAACAGAAUAACACUGAUCGUAGGAAACUAAUCCUUCGUUUCCUUUUGAUACAGGAUUUGGAUCAGAGGCUUUUUUUUUUCUUUUGGCGGGGUUGGGCAUUUGUACGAGGCCUGAAGAUUUCCCGUAACGGUAAUUCUUCUGAGAUUUGCUUCCUCUUCUUCUUCUUCUUCUUCUUCUUCUUCUUCUUCUUCUUCUUCUUCUUCUUCUUCUUCUUCUUCGUCUUCCUCUACUUCUUCUUUAUCUUCUUCUUCUUCUUCUUCUUCUUCUUCUUCUUCUUCUUCUUCUUCUUCACUAACAUAAACCCAUCUCUUUCUCUCUCUCUCUCUCUCUCUAUCUAUCUAUCUAUCUAUCAGUCCAAUUGUCUGUCUAUCUAUCUAUCUAUCUAUCUAUCUAUCAGUUCAAUUGUCUGUCUAUCCCUAUCUAUCUAUCUAUCUAUCAGUCCAAUUGUCUGCCUAUCCCUAUCUAUCUAUCUAUCUAUCUAUCUAUCUAUUUAUCUCUCUCUCUCUCUCUCUCUCUCUAUAUAUAUAUAUAUAUAUAUAUAUAUUAAAUGUGCAAUUUACUUUACUUUGCUUCCUGACGUCUUCAACGAAAUCGCCGACCUAUUGGAAGACGUUCUCGACAUUGACCCGUACAACGUCCUUACAACUGUCAUCAUUAAAAGGACAGAUCACUCGGAUGAACAAAUGCCGAGGGAACUACUCAAUAAAUAUAAAUAUCGAAAACAGAACACCCUCGGUCUCUCACCCUGUUGCCUUUCUGAUAUAAUUCUUUCUUGUUAUUUCUUUCUUUGUGCUAUUUUCUUCGAUAAUGGAUUUUUUCUUUCGUCUCUUUUGUAUUGA